AACAUAGAGAUGUAUACAUCUCGAUGAGGAGUAAUUACUUUUGGCAGUUGUCAGUCAAAAAAAAGUUCGAAAUGUUCAGCUUAUUGCCGAAAAUUUGUUUAAUUUCAGACAUGUUUGUUGUUAUUUACAAGAUUGAAGAAAAGACUUAGUAAUGAAAAUUACUCCAAAAUUACAAAGAAAAUCAUCAAAAUUUUUUUCUUAUUUUCAAUGCAGAAAAAUACCGUUUCAAGCCAAUUUAGAAAUCAGGACAUAAUAUUUAACCUAUUACUUUUACAAAAGAGAUUUGAGAUUAGCCUAAUCUAAUGCCUUGGCAUGCAUGAUCGAUAUGCCACACACACAUAAUACGCUAUCGAUAUCAUACAGACACGCUAGCUGAAGUGAGUUCUAUGUUGCUGCUGAUUUGUGGAUUAACAUUCUGUCAAAAUGACUCCCAGUCCCACACCGGGUAGUGGUAAUCUCUCUGCUGUAUUACGAUCUACGGGUAAUCUUGUUUUGGAGGACACUUCGGUUCCUCAACCAAAAGAAAAUGAGGUGCAGAUUCAAAUGCAUGCUGUAGGGAUCUGUGGAUCUGAUGUUCAUUACUGGACUCAUGGUCGUAUUGGUGAUUUCAUUGUCAAAGCACCAAUGAUUCUUGGUCAUGAAGCAAGUGGUAUCGUGGCAGCGAUUGGAAGCAAAGUAACGUCCUUGAAAGUGGGUGAUCGUGUAGCCAUUGAACCCGGUGUACCAUGUAGGUUGUGUGAUUUCUGUAAGGGAGGUCGUUAUAAUCUCUGUGGUGAGAUGGCUUUCUGUGCCACGCCCCCUUAUGAUGGCAAUCUAAGACGCUACUACUGUCAUGCAGCAGACUUCUGCUAUAAAUUACCUGAUCAUGUUAGCAUGGAAGAGGGUGCCCUUUUGGAGCCGCUUUCUGUCGGAGUUCAUGCAUGUAAACGAGCUGGGGUGACAAUAGGCAGCAAGGUCCUCAUUUGUGGUGCAGGCCCUAUUGGAUUGGUUAACCUUCUCACUGCCAAAGCAAUGGGAGCUUCUUCAGUCGUUAUUACAGAUCUUGAUCAGAACCGUUUAGAUGUGGCUUCUAAGCUUGGUGCUAAUCAUAUCAUCAAGGUGGACACCAGGGAUGUACAGGAAAUGGUCAAACGUGUUCAUACUGCAUUGGGAGAAGAACCAAGUAUUACUAUUGAGUGUACCGGAGCACCGCCCUCCAUCCAGACAGGGAUCUAUGCAACCAAGUCAGGAGGUGUUCUUGUUCUGGUUGGACUUGGACCAGCUGAGAUCACUCUACCAGUUGUGAAUGCAGCAGUCAGAGAAGUGGACAUCAGAGGAAUAUUCAGAUAUGUCAACUGCUACCCAACAGCAUUAGAAAUGAUUGCAAGUGGGAAGAUUGAUGCCAAGCCUCUGAUCACACAUCAUUUCAAGUUAGCAGAAUCUCUGAAAGCAUUUGAGACAGCUAAGACUGGAGAGGGUGGAGCCAUCAAGGUCAUGAUCCAUUGUGACCAAUAGCUGAUUGUUGCUGAUGUCAUGUGAUCCAUCGUGACCAAUAGCUGAUUGUUGAUGAUGUCAUGUGAUUCAUCGUGACCAAUAGCUGAUUGUUGUUGUCAUGUGAUGUGGCCAUUCACAUGAACCUUCACAGGGUGGUUUGCUAUCCUGGGUAUCAAUCAAGUUCUGUACAAAAAAAGUGUCCAAAUGAACAGAUAAGAAGAAAUUAUAUAGAACUCAAGCAUUUGAAUAAUGAAUAAAUCUCAGGGAAUUAAAUUUUAUCAACCAUGAUCUGUAUACAAUAGAAGCUUGUCAACACACCAUUUAUCCACAAGAACAUAAUCAUGAAUAUCGAUCAUGAUGUUGACACAUAUUUUCACAACUAUCAAAAUAUAUAUAUAAAUGUAUUAUGUGAUACUUAGUAGAUAUGAUAUUGUAAUACUAAGAUGAUAACAUGAUAAAUUUUACACAAUUAGCUUUGCAAUUAUUUUAAACACAUUUAAAGAAGUUAUCUGAUCAAGUUAUCUGAUCACAUUUAAAGAAGUUAUCUGAUCAAAUGAAAAGAAAUUAUAUGAUCUAAUCACAAACAAUAAAAUGAUCAUUAUUUGAACGAAUUUUGGCCAAAAACUUAAGUCAGCCUAUAAUGUCAAUUAGAGAUUUAUCUAGAACCAUAUUCUAUUCAAAAUCAAAUUUCGCCCAUGAUCCAAAGAAAUGUCAUGUAAAAUUCAUGACAUGCAGCUGCUAGAAAACUUUUAAGCUCAAUUGAAGAUAUGACUUGGAAUUUAUUUUAGCUAUUAGUGAAUCCCUCCAUUGAGUCUUAAGUAAUGAUUCAUCUCAUCUGAUAUCAGUUUAUGUAGGAUUAUAAUUUAAAAAGAAAUAAAUAGUAAUGGGAACUUUGAUAUAUAUCUACUUUCAUUCUAUCAUCUUCCUAAGGCACUAUAAUGAGAUUGUGUCAAGCUUUGAAAACACCUGUGAAGCCCAUGUACGGUUGUCACAUGAUCCCACGUGUGCAUGGGUCUGUAACACAAAUAUUUGUGAUCAAUUUACAAGUUUCAUAUGAUAAGUUGCAAGUUGGUUUUGGCAGGAUACGGUUCCAGGAGACAAAGGGAGCAUUUUCUCUUCUUUUUUUUUAAUUCAUGUAAAAAAGUCACUGAAAUAAUACUUGCUAUGAAAAGUAAUAGACGUUUUAUUCUUGAAGUGACCCCCCCCCCCUUUUUUUUUAAAUCUUGGAUUCACUCCUGGAUUUAAUAGUUUGUUUAUGCAACACUGAUCAAGAUUGUUGUGAUAAAUUGCUAUCCAUUUCAGAAACUUUUGUAAUACAAUAAUUGCCUAUGAAGUAUGAAAUUAAUCUUUUUUUACUGAUUACAUGAGCACUGCCAUAUUUUCCUAGUUACUCAUAUCUUAUUCAAUUGCAUGUUUUCGAAGUUUGGCAUUUGAAAGCCAUAUAGUAAUCAUUCUUUAAUUGAAGCACCACAUAUGGAAGAGAUCAGUUACCCAUAAAACAAAGCUUAGCACUGUAUCAUUCAAGGUCCUGAGCACCUUAUUGAAUCUGAUAUUGUACUACACGUUCUUAAGAUAUCUGUUUAUAUGUUCUCAGAUUUUAUAUAUCAAUUAUAUCUUACAUCUUUAUCAUUUGACCAACUAACAUUUUUCCAUUCAUGAUUUUACUAUGUGUAUCUGUAAGGGGAAUCAUUCCUUAAAUGUUUAAUGUGAUUAUGUAAUGCUAUUGUAUUACUGCUAUGGUUCAUUUGUAAUAUAUAAUUGUACAUGAAAAAUGAAUGGUCAUUUAAAAUUAACAUUCAUCAUAUAGCAGUAUUAUUUUUCAACGUUUAAUGCAUGUGUAUAUGUGUGAAAUAUUAUAAGCAAUUUACUUUGAAUCUAUUUCAUUAUUGACAACAUUGAUAAUGUAUUACUGAAAUGUGUGAAGAGAACUGAUGAUAGUGAUAAUUGAUUUUAAGAUUUAAAAGUGGAUAUGAGAAAUGCUUGAUACGAAGAUUAGAAGGAUCCCUUUGGUUAUUGUCAUUGUAAAUACAUCUAGUGCUUUUAGGAGACACUUAAGGUUCUGUAAUAUCGUUCCAUACAAGCCUUGCGUGUGACUUGCAGGCAACUUUUUUUGCUCCCAGUAGGUCGCCCACAUUGACAGUUUCUCGCAUGCAGUUAACUGCAGAAGCGCACGCUAAUCUGAUUUGCACGCAAACAGUUUUGAACAUGCUCAAAACAUUUUGCAAUCACCUUCAAGGCUUGCACAGAACGAUGAGACAGGGCCUUCACAAAUUAUAUAUAGAUUAAUUUUUACUCUAAUUAUGAAAUUCAAUAUCUUGCCUUUGUAGCAACAUGCAUCACAAUGCUAAACUCAUGGUGAAUUUAUUCAAAGAAUUUACAGUAUACGACUACGUAUUAUUUUAGUAAUAUUUUGAUGUGAAGUGCUAUUUUCUCUCUAGUUUAAUUUUUGACGAAGAUAUUCAAUGAAUAAUAAAUUGAUUUUUAUAAAUUGUUACA